AUGGUGGACGUGAUCGGUGGUGUUGCAGGUGCAGGUGUUGGUCCUUCGAAGAAGAAGACCGACAAGCGAUUUGAAAUGAAGAAGUGGAGCGCAGUGAGUAUGUGGGCGUGGGAUAUUGUGGUGGAGAACUGCGCCAUCUGCAGGAACCAUAUAAUGGAGCUGUGCAUAGAGUGCCAAGCCAACCAGCAGAGUGUGACGAGCGACGAGUGCACGGUGGCUUGGGGAAGUUGCAACCAUGCCUUCCACUUCCACUGCAUUAGCCGAUGGCUCAAGAAUCGUCAGGUCUGUCCCUUGGACAACAGCGAGUGGGAGUUUCAGAAGUAUGGUAAUAGCUAA